AUGCUGCUUCCUUCUCUCGUUGUCGGGCUCCUAGCAGCCUCGGCCUCGCUCGUCAAAGCAGUCGAACUCACGGGCUACGAGUAUGUCGUCGUCGGCUCAGGGGCCGGCGGCGGUCCUGUCGCCGCUCGUCUGGCCAUGGCUGGCCACAAGACACUUCUGAUUGAAGCCGGCGACGACCAAGGCCAAAACGUGAACUACAGCGUCCCUGCGUACUCGGCCAAAGCUUCCGAGGACCCGGCGUUGUCGUGGAACUUUUUCGUUCAUCACUAUGCCGACGACGAGCGCCAGGCACUCGAUUAUAAGACGACCUAUGAAACUCCUGAUGGAACUGAGUAUACGGGUCUUAACCCACCUCCAGGCUCGACACUGAAGGGGACGCUGUAUCCGCGAACGGGUGCAUUGGGUGGCUGCACUGCGCACAAUGCCCUCGUUGCCAUCUACCCGUUCGAAUCGGAUUUUGAAUACGUCGCUUCCCUCACGGGCGAUGGAUCCUGGGCCCCCGAUAACAUGCGCAAGUACUUUGUCAACGCAGAGCGGAACCGCUAUCUUGCUCUGAGCCCGGGACAUGGCUAUAACGGCUGGCUGCAGACCGAAGAAGCGCCGCUCUCCCUCGUGCUCGAGGAUACGCAGCUGCUCAGCAUGAUCACUGGCGGCCUCUGGGCGCUGGGUAAUUGGACCCGGGGUGUCUUUAAUCUGGCUACCCUGGCUGCGGGCGAUGCUAACGCCGACUCGCUGGCCCGCGACCAGAACCCGGGAUACUAUCAGAUCCCUAUCUCGACCAAGGACAGUGUGCGUGUCGGGUCGAGGGACUUUGUCGUUGAUGUGCGUGAUGCGAAAAAUGCAGAUGGUAGCAAGAAAUACCCGCUUGAUGUGCGUACAAACUGUUUUGCAACCAAGAUUCUCUUUGACAACUCUACGAGCCCGCCCCGUGCAACGGGCGUCGAGUUCCUCGAUGGACAGUACCUGUUCAAGGCUAGCCCCCGAUCUGGAAAGACGAGUGGUAUCCCAGGCAGCGUGACCGCAUCCCGCGAAGUGAUUGCUGCCGGCGGCGUAUACAACUCUCCGCUGUUGCUAAAGCACAGCGGUGUUGGUCCCAGAGCGGAACUCGAGGAAUUUGGCAUACCUGUCGUGGCAGAUCUUCCCGGCGUUGGCUCAAACCUACAAGACCACUACGAAAUCUCUGUGAUAGUCACUGUCCCGAAAAACUUCACUCUGCUUGAUGGCUGUACCUUCAGUUCCCAUGAGAGCACAGAUGCAUGUCUGAGGCGCUGGGAGAACCCCAUUCUUGGAAACCGAGGCACGUACGCCUCGGAUGGCUUUGCAUCCACCAUGUUCUUCAAGAGCUCCACGACGCCAGACGACAACUGGGAUGUCUUUGUCUUCGGAGGACCUGUCGGUUUCCGUGGAUACUACCCCGACUACAGUGUCAAUAUCACCGCAGCCCACGAUGUCUGGAGCUGGGCUAUCUUAAAAGCUCACCCGCGCAAUACAGCCGGGACGGUCUCUCUGCUCUCGGCGGAUCCCCUUGAUGUCCCACAAAUUGUUUUCAACUACUUCGAUACUGGCAGUGGUGAUUAUAGCGCUGACCUCGAGGCUCUUUACGAGGCGGUCAACCUCGCUCGGGAGGCCAAUGCACGCCAACUGCUUCAAGUUGAAGAGAUCCUGCCUGGCGCGGGUACCAAAUCUGAGGAGGAUAUCAAAAACUACGCCAAGAACACGGCCUGGGGUCACCACGCCUCGUGCACAUGUCCAAUCGGUGCUGACGGUGACCCGAUGGCCGUUCUGGACUCGAAGUUCCAGGUUCGUGGUGUGAAGGGUCUGCGUGUAGUUGAUGCUUCCGUCUACCCUCGUAUCCCGGGAACUUUCACGGCUGUUUCGACUUAUAUGGUUGGCGAGAAGGCUGCUGAUAUUAUUCUAGAGCAAUUUGGGCAGACUUCGCUCACUGAUCAAAGCCUGGAUAGCUUGGGUGGUCUUCUCUAG